AGAAGCGGCCUAGACACGGUGAGUGACGGAUACUCGCGUUUGUUUUCUUACGCUAAGCUCUGGUGCUUGCUACAAAUUCGCCGCUAUUUAGCACCGGCAACGGUUUAAUCUUGAACCAGUAGAUCAUUCGCUUCGCGAUCGACUGCAACGUUCCUGAGGGAGCUUCUGUUGCAAAAAAAAUCGUCAUCAGUUCAAGUGCAACAGUUUAACAGUUUUGUUAAGAAAAAGCCUCAAAAACAGGUUUUCAAGAUCGGUCUGGUGGCAGCUGGCGCAACCUCACUGACCUGCGUUGCUGCGGUGAUGCUAAAGCUACCGACGAACGGUGGCGGAUAAUUAGGUCAUUAUUACACGUCGCGGAACCUGUUUGCGUGCUGUGUGCUUUGGUGCGUGCGUGGUCAUUCCUCAUCAUGUCGGAGCUCAGCACGAUCUUCCACGGAGUGCUGGUGUUUGUUUUGUUUGCGGUGUACCUACAGUGGUUGAUGAAGCGAUGGCAGUUGAGCCAAAUUUUCGAGAAAAUACCGGGCCCAAAGGCGUACCCGAUAGUGGGCACGAUGUACUCGUUUUUCGGCAAAAAGCGACAUGAGAUCUUCUAUCUGCUGGACGAGCGGACUCGUACCUAUCCGAACAUCCAUCGCGUGUGGACGGGCUUGACCCCGGAGGUGCGCAUCAGCAAACCGGAAUUCGUCGAACAGGUGAUCGGCUCCAGCAAACACAUCGAAAAGGCCACCAUGUAUCGCUUCCUGCACGAUUGGCUCGGCAAUGGUCUGCUCACCUCCAAAGGUGAACGUUGGCAUCAGCACCGUAAGCUCAUCACACCGACCUUCCACUUUAACAUCCUGGACGGAUUCUGUGACGUGUUUGCGGAGAACAGCCAGGAGCUGGUGGAACACCUGCAGCCGUACGCCGACACGGGCAAACCGGUCAACAUGUAUCCGUUUAUCACGAAGGCGGCUCUGGACAUCAUUUGCGAAACCGCCAUGGGAGUAAAGGUAAAUGCUCAGAGCGAAGGUGAGGAGAACGAUUACGUCAAGGCGGUCUGCGAACUAAGCAGACUGUUUGUUGAGCGUAUGGUACGUCCCUGGCUGCACUUGGACUUUAUAUGGCUCCGGUCUCGUUUUGCCGCCCGUUACACGAACGCACUCGAGACUGUUCAUACUUAUUCGCGUGAGGUGAUUCGAGAUCGAAAAGCAGCACUAGAGGCAUCGCAGAAGAGCACCAAUCCCGAAUCGAACAAUGGGGAAACGUUUGGUGUCAAGAAACGGAUGGCGUUCCUUGAUCUCCUGCUGCAAGGCAACCAGGCACACAAUAUUAUGACUGACGAGGACGUCCGAGAGGAGGUGGACACAUUCAUGUUUGAGGGACACGACACAACGACAGCUGGCAUCAGCUGGGUGUUGUUUCUGCUGGCCCUCCAUCCGGACGUUCAGGAGCGGGUGUGCGAGGAAAUUGAGUCGAUUUUUCCACCCGGUGACAACCGGCCGGCCACGAUGCAGGACCUGAACGAGCUGAAGCUGCUGGAACGGUGCAUCAAGGAGGCACUGCGGCUCUAUCCGUCCGUGUCCUUUUUCGGUCGAACGCUCAGCGAGGACAUCCAGCUCGGAGGUUACCAUGUGCCGGCCCAAACCAUCGUGGGAAUUCAUGCGUACCAUGUGCAUCGGGAUGAAAGGUACUACCCGGACCCGGAGAAAUUCGACCCGGACCGUUUUCUGCCGGAAAAUACCGAAAACCGUCACCCGUACGCGUACAUCCCGUUCAGCGCGGGGCCAAGAAACUGUAUCGGACAAAAGUUUGCGCUGCUCGAGGAGAAAAGCAUCGUGUCGUCCAUACUGCGCCGUUUCCGGUUGCGUUCGGUGCGUACGCGUGAGGAGCAGAAGAUUAUGCAUGAGCUGAUCACGCGCCCGAUGGACGGUGUCCUGUUGUACCUGGAAUCGCGGAAGACGGUGGUGUAGGGGAAAGAGCGAGCGAUCGAACGAGAGUUUUAAUUAAAUGAUAAGUUUUGUACGGUGCAAAAAUGUUUGUGGUCAGGGUCGAACUUGUAACAGAACAUAAAAGGGACACAAGCACAA